AUGUAUUCGUUUGUGAUGAAGAAUAAAUUGACUCGUAUCCGUAAAAGCGGGGAAUAUAGUCGAUUAUUACAGAAACACAAGGAAAAAAAGAACCUGUCUACAGAAAUAGUUGAAUCUGAUAUACAAAUACCGGAGCCGAUGCGGAUGCCUUCAGACUGCAGUUUGUCGAAGAGUUGUAGUAAUUUCACCGACGAGAUACAACUAGCUGAUGAACCCGGUCACAAGAGCCCGAAAUAUGAACCUUCUGAUGCAACCUUAACAUCCGCCAUUCGGGAAUGGGCCUCUCAAUUCCAAAUUUCCCAGACAGCGUUGAAGGCCUUGAUUGAAAUACUCAACACUCAUUCGCAAAGUACCCUUCCGAGAGAUCCUAGGACACUGAUGAGAACUCCCAGGAAUCUUGAAGUAAUGGAGCUCGACGAUGGUGGCAAAUAUUGGCAUCAUGGUUUGGAGAGAAGUCUUCAAAAUCGACUUGAACACGUCACUUGUGACGGACAUGUGUCCAUAAAUAUAAAUAUUGACGGGCUUCCAAUCUUUAAAAGUAGUGCAAACCAUUUUUGGCCAAUUAUUGCCAAUAUUCAUGAGCUUCCCCACAUUCACCCGAUGGUUAUCGGCAUUUACUACGGGGGAAGUAAACCAAAAGAUGCUAACCAAUUUCUAUCACCGAUGGUCGACGAGUUACUACGACUUUUGGAUUCCGGGGUAUACAUCAAUGGUCACCGAAUUUCAUUAAGCAUCCGCGCAUUUAUUUGUGACACACCCGCUCGGGCAUUUAUAAAAUGCGUCAAGAAUUUCAACGGUAAACAUGGGUGCAUUAAAUGCACGACAAGGGGGAAAUAUUCCCAUGAAGCGCGAACCAUGGUGUUUCCGAAAAUGGACGCUGAGCUGCGAAAUGAUCAACUGUUUCGUGAUGGACAAUACCCAGAUCAUCAACAAGGUGUGUCACCAUUGAUAAAACUACCAAUCAACAUGGUGGAGGAUGUUAUCGUUGCUGAUGCAUUACAUUUACUAGAGUUGGGAGUAAUGCGAAAACUACUCAAUGCGUGGCGAACCGGAUCAAUGACAAGAAAAGUUAAAUGGAGUGCUAAAGAAAAACAAGACAUUUCAGCUAAACUUGUUGUACUGAAGUUGCCAAACGAAAUUCAUCGUCGUAUGCGGUCUCUAGACCAUAUUUCACUUUGGAAAGGUACAGAGUACAGAAUUUUUCUCAACUACGUGGGAGUAGUUUUACUAAAAGAUCACUUACCUACCAAAUAUUACGAGAACUUUUUAUUGCUAUUUUGUGCAGUUAGAAUUUGCUCGGUUGAUGCGUAUAAAGACUUCCUACCAAUCGCACGCCUACUGUUCCUCCAAUUUGUUAACGAGUACAAAAGAUUGUAUGGGACGGAAUUUGUAUCCAGCAACAUUCAUAAUCUUUGUCACAUCGUAGAUGAAGUCGAAAAAUUCGGAUCGUUGAUAACGUUGUCGGCAUAUCCUUUUGAAAAUUGUUUGCAUUCAGUGAAAAAACUUGUAAAAGCAGGUCCUAACCCUCUUGUCCAGGUAGCAAACCGUAUUUUAGAAGCUGAACAUGAUAAGAAUUCAAGUACAUUGCAAAUUCCAGAUAACUCAAAGACUAUUCACGUGGAGAAAAAUGAGAAACACAGUAAAAUUUGUCUUCCUGAGUUCACCCUGACUAACGACUUCAAGAACAAAUGGUUCCUAACCAAGGAUUCAAAAUUAGUAGGAAUGACAGAUAUUCAUAACAGCGAUGAAGGAAUACAAAUCAAAGGAAGAUUUUUAAAACAAAAACGAGAUUUCUUCGUCAAACCAAUGAAAUCUUCAUUUCUGCAUAUUUUUAGUUCUAAACUUAAAAAUAAUUCUUCAAAAGUUGAAUAUUAUAAGCCAGAAUCCAUACUGUGUAAAAUGGUAGCAAUUGAUUUGAAGCUUACAACUGUGUUUAUCCCACUGAUGCAUACGGUUCGGAAUUAUAAGUAA